GGCACGAGCACAUUGGCUCAGGAAAGAAAAGGCCAUAAGGCUAACGUCGUUGGCCGCUGCAAGAGCUCAAGCUACCGUCCUCGAGGACCAAGGCCUACCGGCUGAUACUGCAGUAUUAUAUGAGAGAAUGCUGCAGAAGAAUAUGGGUGAGUUCUUAGAGGAAGAAAGAAGAUCAGAGGCAUGGCGCGAGCGCUUGGGUGCGCUGCAGAACAACAAGUCUUCAGAAGAUUCACAUGCCCUGUACAGGACUGGCAGAGAAAAACUCGGGGUCUCUAGUGACUAUAACAAGUUACAAGAAGAUCCGCUAGAGAAGAAACCGGUCAAAAAAAUAACCAUAUGGGGUACUGGUUUGCCAGACCUGGCCGAUUGUGAAUCAACAGCAUCUCAAAAGAUUGCACCCACCUCUGCUGUACCAGAGACAGACAAAACCCAUAAAACCUCUAUCCCCGCGGAGGAAAGUUCUGCGGAAGUGGAAAGACAGGUACAACAUGCAAAAGGUGUUGCCAUGGUUUCCGACGAACAGAAGAAGCCUAGCGAGAAAGCCUCCACGGGUGUCGAGACCGAAAAGCAAGAAAUGGACGUAUCGAAUAACGAUGUGCAACCAGAACCUAACACCGUGUCCUCACGUUUGGCGUAUGCUUUUGAGAGGAUAAAGUCUGCAUUCUUUGGGCCAAAUGAAGCCGCAGAAGCGGAAGGAGGAAGCGCCGCACCUCAAAGCCGCCGACAGAGAAAGCCUCGGACAUGACGCGCAUCAAGACAGGACUGUAUUCUCAAGAUUCAGAAUCUUCUCAAACCAGAAAAAAGAAUGGCUCGUAGCCUGAGUAUUGGUGCGAUCCAGAGACUACGACGGACAUUCAGACGUCGCGUGUCAUGGACGUCAACUCUGAGCAUGACGACAGAGCGGAGGAUGCAACGGGGUCGCUUUCACGCACUUUCGAUGCACAAACUGCAAAAGCACUUUGGUCAUUUCCAUGUACUGUAUAUUGUUUGUAUUAUAUGUGUACGAUUUCUCUUUCGCUGGACGCCACGUGCGUGUAUAGACAAGGUGCCGCACACCAGAGCUGUGCCAUGUAGCAUAUGCAUGAUAAAAGCAGAUUCAA